GUUUCAUUUCUCAUACUUACGUCUUUGAGCUAUUCGAAUUUUGGAAGGAUCAAGUUUGCUUUUUCCCAGCUGGAUACCUAGAUGCCUUAUGGUCCUUCUAAUAUCUUCUCUCCAGAGGACUGUAUGCUGUUCUUAAGGACUCUCUGCUUCCUGGACAAGCUCAAGCUAAGGACUACAUCUCCCAGCAGGCUGUGCUCUGACAGCUCUCGGAUUUAAAUAGGAUUCUGGGCUCUGCUCGGAGUCAGGCUGCUGCUCAGCACCCAGGACGGAGAGGAGCAGAGAAGCAGCAGAAGCAGCCAAGAGCUGGAACCAGACCAGGAACCUGAGCCAGAGCUGGGGUUGAAGCUGGAGCAGCAGCAAAAGCAACAGCAGCUACAGAAGUUGGAACGAUGCUGGUCACCUUGGGACUGCUCACCUCCUUCUUCUCGUUCCUGUAUAUGGUAGCUCCAUCCAUCAGGAAGUUCUUUGCUGGUGGAGUGUGUAGAACAAAUGUGCAGCUUCCUGGCAAGGUAGUGGUGAUCACUGGCGCCAACACGGGCAUUGGCAAGGAGACGGCCAGAGAGCUCGCUAGCCGAGGAGCCCGAGUCUAUAUUGCCUGCAGAGAUGUACUGAAGGGGGAGUCUGCUGCCAGUGAAAUCCGAGUGGAUACAAAGAACUCCCAGGUGCUGGUGCGGAAAUUGGACCUAUCCGACACCAAAUCUAUCCGAGCCUUUGCUGAGGGCUUUCUGGCAGAGGAAAAGCAGCUCCAUAUUCUGAUCAACAAUGCGGGAGUAAUGAUGUGUCCAUAUUCCAAGACAGCUGAUGGCUUUGAAACCCACCUGGGAGUCAACCACCUGGGCCACUUCCUCCUCACCUACCUGCUCCUGGAGCGGCUAAAGGUGUCUGCCCCUGCACGGGUGGUUAACGUGUCCUCGGUGGCUCAUCACAUUGGCAAGAUUCCCUUCCAUGACCUCCAGAGCGAGAAGCGCUACAGCAGGGGUUUUGCCUAUUGCCACAGCAAGCUGGCCAAUGUGCUUUUUACUCGUGAGCUGGCCAAGAGGCUCCAGGGCACCGGGGUCACCACCUACGCAGUGCACCCAGGCGUCGUCCGCUCUGAGCUGGUCCGGCACUCCUCCCUGCUCUGCCUGCUCUGGCGGCUCUUCUCCCCAUUUGUCAAGACGGCACGGGAGGGGGCGCAGACCAGCCUGCACUGCGCCCUGGCUGAGGGCCUGGAGCCCCUGAGUGGCAAGUACUUCAGUGACUGCAAGAGGACCUGGGUGUCUCCAAGGGCCCGAAAUAACAAAACAGCUGAGCGCCUAUGGAAUGUCAGCUGUGAGCUUCUAGGAAUCCGGUGGGAGUAGCUGGUGGAAGACCUGCAGCUUUAUCAGGCCCAAUCCAUGCCAUAAUGAACAGGGACCAAGGAGAAGGCCAACCCUAAAGGAUUGUCCUCUUGGCCAGCUGGUGCUGCGAAUCCUGCCUGCUCUGAUCCUCUUGACCCUUCUGGGAAUGUUUGCACACCUCACACUCUUGUGAGACUGGCUUAUGGCAUGAGUUGUGGACACCUAUAGAGUGUUCUUCUCUAAGACCUGGAAAGUCAGCAACCCUCUGGGGGCAGCAGGACUGGGCAGAUCCCAGGCUGGGCAUGGGGGUGGCAGAAGAGCCUGAGAAAUUGGGUCAGUUCCCUCAUCAGCACCAGAGGCUCAGCUGAGGCAAGAAGAGCACCAUCACUGCCUAUUUCUAGGGGCUAUACACUCCAACUCUUGGUUGAUCUCUUUCUUUUUAAAAAUAUUUGCCACCACCCUGGAGUCUAGACCAACACACAAAGAUCCUGGCUAACCCUGGCCUAUUUAGAUUCCUUCCUCUCACCUGGACCUUCCCAUUUCAAUCAUGCAGAUGGUUUCUUUUUGUAAAGAGUUCCGUUUGCCUUUCAAUUUUUAGAGAAAAUAAAGACUGCAUUCAUC